CACGGACACCUCAUAAAACCCCACCAAAUUUCUGUACUUUACCAUCCUUCGACCUUCGACCUUUGACCUUCCCCAAACAUUUCUCCCCUCUCCAGAUUCUGUUUCUACAAUCCCACUCUCUACACCCCCCUCGACCACAUCCCCUCCACUCCCACACUUUCCUUCAUCCCCAAAGGCCAAAAUGGCAACCAACGGCACCAACGGUGUUGCCCACCACAACCAGGGUACUUUCCUGUUCACCGUAAGUUGCGACAUCUCCCUAUGUCCUCUGCUUCAUCCUCGAGAGACCAGAAAGAUACGCAGGCUAACCGCUCUCCUUCAGUCCGAAUCGGUCGGUGAGGGUCACCCAGACAAGAUCGCUGAUCAAGUUUCCGAUGCCAUUCUCGAUGCCUGCUUAGCAGAGGACCCUCUCUCCAAGGUUGCUUGCGAGACCGCUACCAAGACCGGUAUGAUCAUGGUCUUUGGUGAAAUCACCACCAAGGCCCAUUUGGACUACCAGAAGGUUAUCAGAAAUGCCAUCAAGGACAUCGGAUACGACGACUCCGCCAAGGGAUUCGACUACAAGACUUGCAACGUUCUGGUCGCCAUUGAACAACAAUCCCCAGAUAUCGCACAAGGUCUUCACUACGAGCAGGCACUCGAGCAAUUGGGAGCCGGUGACCAAGGUAUCAUGUUUGGUUAUGCCACCGAUGAGACCCCAGAAUUGUUCCCAUUGACCCUCCAGUUGGCACACAAGCUCAAUGCUGCCAUGUCUACCGCUCGUCGUGACGGAAGCUUGCCAUGGUUGAGACCUGACACCAAGACCCAAGUCACCAUCGAAUACAAACACGACAAUGGAGCUGUUGUCCCCCUCCGAGUCCACACCGUUGUUGUCAGCGCCCAGCACAGCGAGGAUAUCUCCACUGAGCAAUUGCGCAAGGAGAUUAAGGAGAAGAUCAUCCAAAAGGUCAUCCCUGCCAAGUACCUGAACGAUGAGACGGUGUACCACGUAUGUAACCCUAAUUAUAUCCCCAUACGAACCCAAAAUUAAUCCGUUUUAGAUUCAACCAUCUGGACUUUUCAUUAUCGGUGGUCCUCAAGGUGACGCUGGUCUCACUGGCCGAAAGAUUAUUGUCGACACAUACGGUGGAUGGGGAGCCCACGGAGGUGGUGCUUUCUCUGGCAAGGAUUUCUCCAAGGUUGAUCGUUCAGCCGCCUACGUCGCACGAUGGAUUGCCAAAUCUCUGGUUAACGCCAAGCUCGCACGACGUGCGCUUGUCCAGCUCUCAUAUGCCAUUGGUGUCGCAGAGCCACUCUCCAUUUUCGUGGACACCUAUGGCACUUCGUCCAAGUCAUCCGAUGAAUUGGUUGCCAUUGUUCGCAACAACUUUGACUUGAGACCAGGUGUCAUUGUCAAGGAGCUCGACUUGGCCAAGCCAAUUUACUUUAAGACCGCAAAGAACGGUCACUUCACCAGCCAAGAAUUCAGCUGGGAGAAGCCAAAGACCCUCACCUUCUAG